GCACCACUUUAUACGCGUAAACGCGUCCCGCGUCACGUCCACAUUUCAUUACCUGGUAAUUGUGAUUUGCAAGAGCAGUCGUGAACAGACUCUACGCCGACUUCCACGUUAUUCACAACGCCAACUCCGCGUGCAAUGGCGCCCAUCAAAGGGCUGCUUCGACCGUGGCAGAAAGAGGAGGAAUUACAGGAGCACAGUAGAGCACCCAGCGCCUACAGUCCCCUCCACUCCUACCGUCUGCCACGAGGAGAGAACAGACACUACGUGCAACAAUAUGGCGACAUGUACUUUCUGCGUCUGGCGAAGCUAAAGCCUGUUGUCGAAGCAAUCGCUGCGGAGGACUGGGAAGAUUUCGAGAUUGCAGGUGAAAAGGCGCAAAGAGUAGAAAGAGUCUUGGACGUUCGGCAAGGUCAACUAUGCUGGGUUGCGGGAACAAUAUAUAUGGACAUGCCCUUGAAGCCCAAUAUUCUGGAAGACAUCUCGAAGGAACACUGGGUCGCCGGACCUCCGCCGCGCAACCCUUACUACUCCGAGGAUGGUGACACGCAAGUCAUGUUGGAAGAUGAAUCCGGUCGCCUGCGGCUCACCGGAGCAAUGCUCAAGAAUAGCCUGCUGGUCACUGGAGUUAUCGUCGCUGUGCUCGGAACCGAGAAUGCCAACGGCGACUUCGAAGUGUUAGACUUACACAUCGCAGACUUGCCUCCGCAGCCUAAGAGGUGGGAAAGGGACGAAGAGGAGGGAAAAAUGGACGUUGAUCAGCCAAAGAAGAAGAUUGCGAUCGUUAGUGGGCUCGACAUCUCAGGAACAGAGGCAGAUACACUGAAUUUGUCGCUCCUGGUGGAGUUCCUGUUAGGAGAGGCCCUGGACGAGGAGGAUACAGAAGAAGCCUGCGCAAUUACCCGGUUGAUCAUAGCUGGGAAUUCCGUUGCGUCGGACUUGGUUGUCCAUCAGACUUCUAUCGAAGAUGGUAAGAAACCUGGCAAUCGGAAAUACGGCUACGAUGCAGCCGCCUACAACCCCACGCCAACCGCCCACCUCGAUCAAUUCCUUGCCGAGCUUCUGCCCAGCAUACCCAUCACAGUAUUACCUGGUGAACAAGAUCCAGCGAAUAUGAGUUUGCCGCAACAACCUAUUCAUCCUGCCAUGUUUCCACAUUCUCGCGCAUAUACAUCUGCCAACAUCAACGAUCCCGAGGACGAGGAAGCUGGAUGGCUAGAUAGCGUGACGAACCCGUGGGACGGCGACAUAGAUGGCUGGCGAUUCAUGGGCAAUAGUGGUCAACCAGUCGACGACAUUCUCAAGUACGUCGAAUAUGGUGGUCCUGACGGAAAAGGGUCCGAUGGGCGGCUGGAGGUCAUGGCCAGUAUGUUGAGGUGGCGAUGCGGUGCACCCACAGCACCAGACACACUAUGGUGCUAUCCAUUUCAGGAUCGAGAUCAGUUUGUCAUCGAGCAAUGUCCGCAUGUGUUCUUUGUGGGCAAUCAACCUCGAUUCGACACGACGGUGAUCGAAGGCCCAGGCGAGCAACAAGUCCGACUAAUCACGAUUCCACGAUUUCAUGAGACCGGCGAAGUUAUACUUGUCGAUUCAGAGACUCUUGAGGUGGAAGUCAUCAAAUUCGACGUCCAUGAUCCUUCACAACUGAAUGGGUCAUAGGACGUCCACCGUGAGCGCAAGGCUGAACGUUGUCGGAAAACUUUCCGUCCCAGCGGGAAAUUUAUAUGUGUUUACUCCGCCGAUCGAUCUUAACUUCACAUUCAAUACGACGCCGACAUGGAUAUAGGAAGACAUGCGCAUCAACGAGCAUACUGGUGAGUCAAGCAGUGCUCUGCUCUUUGUCAGUCUGAC